AUGCUCCACCCCGUGUUUGAAGACAACAUCAAUAGCAUGAUCCGAAACCUGGGCGCGUCCAAGGGAGAAAUGUCAGAAGACAUUGUCCACCACCUCCGUGUUGCCACUUUGCUCAACUCGCAAGUCGUCAUGGCUGGGUCACAGGCACAGCUUGAGCCAGGCGAUUUCCCCCACAUUGUCGGCGAAUACAACUUUCUUGUGGUUCAUGCCAAGUUCCGCGUCAAGUCCAGCGAGCUGCUUUUCAAGCUAGGCGAGAGCAUUAAGCAAGAAAAAGGCAUCCAAUGGACGCACAACGAGAUCAACGCCGAAAUGGCCGGCCAGGUCCUCGCUGCCACGGAGACCACCUCAUCUGCUUUGGCCUUCAUCUUCUACGAGCUGGCCAAGAACAGCAGCCUCCAGGAGAGCGUUUACAACGAGCUGAGCAACGCCGCGGACAACGACAACCUGGAGAACCUCAAGCUUCUUGGUGCAUGCGUCAGUGAGGGCCUGCGGUUCCGGCCUCCCGUCGCACUGACCGGCAGCCGAGUUGUGCCCAACGGAGGUAUCGAUAUCCUUGGCUACUAUAUCCCUGCAGGCACCGUCGUGACCACACAAUCACUAUCAAUGAGCCGACAGCGGCCAGAUUUGUUCCCCAACUACGAUAUAUUUGAUCCCACUCGGUGGUUGGAUGAGGAUCAAGUAGCUGAGCGCCGCCGUCUUACAGCACCCUUUGGCGUGGGGGCCCGACGGUGCCCGGGUGGUUAUAUGGCGACCUAUCAGAUGCGUCUCAUCAUCGCGGCUGUGCUACGCGAGUUCAAGGUCUCUAUUGCCCCUGAGACUACCCCGGAGUCAAUGACCCCUUUCGAGGCCAAUGGUUUCCGGUCACGCUAUGACAAAUGCUUCCUCAUGUUCACUCCACGUGGGUCUCCGGCCGAUGACAAGGCUUAG